AUGCGGCCCUGGGCCCAGCAUCCGUGCGGUGGGCCGUCUGAACCAACCUCGAGGGCGUUGCAUGCCGAUGCCUCCAUCUUCAUUUCGUCUCCCUUCUGGCGCCGCGGUCGGUGCGCACAGCAUGCGUCCGGCCACGCCUUUUGGGGCGCCACCCUGCUGCUGCUGCCGCCCGCCGUCGUCGCCGCCAACCCGAAUCACCACCACCACCACCAUUGUCGUCGUCGCCGUCCGUCUGCAAAACACCAAGACAUGGGGGAUGAACACACCUUCUUUUUGUCCUCCCCUGUCCUCCCGCCCGCCCGCGACCUCGUGCGGGGUGGCGCGCCGCCGCCGUCCACCAUGCGCAUCCCGUCCCCCCCCGGCCGAACUGCGACUGACUUCGUCCAUGCAGAUGCGCGAUGCGGUUCGCCGCUGCCGCCCGCCGCCUGA